AUGACAUUUUGUAGCUUAGAGUAUGAUAGUAGAGAACAAAUAUUGAGUAGAACUGCCAGAUCGCAUUCCCCAUCAUUAUUGUAUAAUAGUAAUUCAAGAGACCGAGUUUAUACUGAUCGUUCAGAAGGAUAUCUUGAAAGGGAUUAUAAUAGACCUGAAUAUGACUAUUCAUUGCGUAGACGGCAAUGGUAA